AUGGCGAUGCAAUAUCUCUCCUGGCAAUACGUCGCCCUCGCGGUUUACCUGGCCCAUGUCGCCUCUGUGUACAUUAGGAGAUAUGUGAAGUGGAAGAAGGUACAAAAGCUGGGUGGCGAAAGCCCCAGAGUAACGACCAGAUUCAUCUUUGGACUCGACUUCCCCGUCCAUUCGACAUUGGCCAUUGUCAGAAAUCAAGCACUGGAAUUCUGGGAAUGGAUAUAUGAGCAUACUGGUACUUCGGCUAGUGGCACUGGCUCAUAUACCGCCGAGCUUCAUAUUCUCGCCGAUGCUCGAGUUCUUUUUACUGCUGAUCCGGAAAACACCAAGGCAAUCCUCACGACACAAUUUCAGGACUUCGGGAAAGGGGAGGAAUUUCACGCCGAAUGGACGGAUUUUCUUGGGGACAGCAUCUUCACCACCGACGGCCCACAAUGGCAUAACUCACGACAACUUAUCAGGCCGAUGUUUGUCCGUGAGAAGGUUGCUGAUCUUCCACUGAUUGAGACACACGUUCGCAAGUUGAUCUCGUUUCUCGGUCCGGGCGAUGGACGAAUGGUCGCCUUGAACCAGUUGCUAUUCCGGUUCAGCCUCGAUGCGUCCACCCAUUUCCUGUUUGGCCACAGCGUCGGUAGCUUGGACAAAGAGCAAUCCGAGUUUGCAACGGCCUUCGAUGAGGUCCAGAGAGUUCAGUCUCUGCUAGGUCGACUCGGACCUCUCAAGCAUUUUUAUUCCAAACGAUCAUUUUAUGCGGGACUUAAAACUAUGGAGCAGUUCAUCGAGCCGUUCAUCGAUGAGGCCCUGAUGCUGUCUCCGGCAGAACUUGAGUCCAAGCUGUCUCGCUCCGAUACUUUCAUCCAUGCCCUUGCUCGUUAUACGCGCGAUCGCAAGGUCAUGCGCGAUCAACUCACGGCUCUGCUCCUUGCGGGACGUGACACAACAGCCGGGACGCUAUCAUGGGUGUUUCUAGAACUAUCCAAAAACCCUCGAGUGGUCGAGAGAUUACGUGCAGAGAUUACUGAAUUCCUAGGAAAUGAUGGUCGCCCACCUACCUAUCAAGACAUCAAAGACAUGAAGUAUCUGACUUAUACGAUGAACGAAACAUUACGUUUGUAUCCCACGGUUCCGUUCAAUGUCCGCUCUGCACUGACUGAUACGUCGCUACCGCGUGGUGGUGGCUCGGAUGGCAUGAGUCCAGUCGGUUGUCCUCAAGGUACCGUCAUUGGAUACAGCACCCUCAUGAUGCAGCGCCGAGGAGAUUUAUACCCCCCGAUUUCUGAAACGUUCCCAUACGAUCCUCUCGAAUGGGUGCCGGAUCGAUGGGCCACCUGGACUCCAAAGUCGUGGAAUUUUAUUCCUUUUAACGGCGGGCCGAGAAUAUGCAUUGGACAACAAUUCGCGAUGGUGGAAAUGGGAUACACGAUUGUCAGGAUUUUGCAGGAAUUCGACCAAAUCAUCGACUAUGGGAAUAAACGGAUUUUGCAUGCCGAAAUCAUUCUCACCCCGGCCGAGGGCGUGAAUGUUGGAUUCGUCAAACGAGAAAAGACCAGAACCCGUCACUCCCCCUAG